AUGGGAAAGAUGAUGAAAGGAUUUUUAUUUUGGUUUACAAUUAUAGUACAACUUUUCUCGAUUGUUACUUCGAGGAGGACGAUGCAUCAUGCAAGGCAUACCCGAGUAAAUCAUAGACAUGAUGAGAUGAUGCAUCCCCCUCCAGUCACACAUAGACAUGUUGAUAUGAUGCAUCCUCCUCCAGUCACACUGCACAUCUCAAAUCAAUACGUGGUGAUAGAUAAUGGCAUUGUUCAACUUACUCUAACAAAUCCAACUGGACAUAUUUCUGGGAUAAGUUACAAUGGAAUUGAUAAUCUACUGGAAAAAAGCGAUCUAGAAGUAAGGAGAGGAUAUUGGGAUGUCAUGUGGAAACUUCCAAAAGACCAGGGUGGCACUUUUGAUACGUUUUUCAUGAAAAAAUUCAAAGUUAUAUCACAAGAUGAUAAUAAAGUUGAAGUUUCUUUUACAAAAACGUGGAGUUCCAGUGCAGACCAUGAUCUUCCUCUAAACAUCGACAAAAGGUUUGUGAUGCUAAGAGGAAAUUCAGGAUUUUAUUCAUAUGGAAAAUUUGAACAUUCAGAGGGAAUGCCUGCACUUAGAGUAGAUGAAGCAAGAAUUGCAAUCAAGCUCAGUCAAAACUUGUUCCACUAUAUGGCUGUAUCAGAUGAUAGGCAAAGGGUAAUGCCUACAAAUCAAGAUAUAUCCCAUGGAAAAGUCCUUGGCUAUAAAGAAGCUACUCAAAUAACACAUCCAUCCAACACUCCAUUCAACUAUGAGGUUGAUGACAAGUACCAAUUUUCUUCUGAUAACAAAGAUAUCAAAGUACAUGGAUGGAUUUGUAAUAAUCCACAUGUAGGUUUUUGGGUGAUUACACCCACUAAUGAAUAUACAUGUGGUGGACCAAUGAAACAAGAUCUUACUUCUCAUUCUGGUCCCACCUCUCUAGCUACAUUUUUUAGUGGCCAUUAUAUAGGUCCACAAUUAGGAGUGGAUCUACAAGAUGGAGAAUCAUGGAAAAAAGUAUUUGGUCCUGUUUUCUUUUAUCUCAACUCAGAUUCUGGUAAUAACCAUCAAACACUUUGGGAGGAUGCUAAAAGACAGAUGUUUGAAGAAACUAAAAAAUGGCCAUAUGAUUUCCCACAAUCAAAAGAAUAUCUCAAAGCCAAUGAACGGGCAACAGUUAGCGGUCGAUUAUUGGUCAACGACAGGUACAUAAGUGAAGAUCCUUUUUAUGCAAAAUCUGCAUAUGUUGGAUUGGCCCUGCCUGGAGAUGUUGGAUCAUGGCAAACUGAGACCAAGGGUUAUCAAUUUUGGACUCAAACAGAUGAGUCUGGAUAUUUCAAGAUUAAUGGAGUUAUACCCGGAACUUAUAACUUGUACUCAUGGGUCCCUGGAGUUAUUGGAGAUUACAAAUACAACCUUAACUUUACCAUCACUCAAGGAAGUGAAUAUAAUCUAGGUGACUUAGUUUAUAAUCCUCCAAGAAAUGGUCCAACUCUAUGGGAAAUUGGAAUUCCUGAUAGAACUGCUGCUGAAUUUUUUGUGCCUGAUCCAUUGCCUAGCCUCACCAACCAUGUAUUCAUCAACACUACACAUAGGUUUAGACAAUAUGGUUUAUGGGAUCGUUAUACAGAUUUAUAUCCUAAUGAAGAUUUAGUAUACAGAGUUGGUGUUAGUGAUUACACAAAAGAUUGGUUCUAUGCCCAUGUAACCAGGAGGACUGUACAUAAACAAUAUAUACCAACAACAUGGCAAAUUUUAUUUGAUCUUUCAACUGUGGAUCCAAGUGGAACUUAUACACUACAUAUAGCAUUUGCUUCUGCCACUUCUUCUCAUUUGCUAGGAAGAAUAAACAACCCAAUCAGACCAAGGCCAACUUUUCAGACCCCAGGAAUUGGACAAAGUAAUGCAAUAGCAAGACAUGGAAUUCAUGGACUAUACUCACUUUUCACUUUUGAAAUUCCGGGCUAUAAUUUACAAAUCGGAGAAAAUAUAAUAUAUUUAACGCAAGCUAGAGGUGGUAGCCCUUUUAACGGAGUAAUGUAUGAUUAUAUUAGACUUGAAGGACCUCCACAGUAA